AUGCAUGAGAUUGUCACGCUGCAGCUGGGUCAGCGGGCGAACUACCUAGCCACUCAUUUCUGGAAUCUGCAGGAAUCGUACUUCACAUACAAUGAAGGAGAGGAAUCCCCAAUUGAUCAUGAUGUCCACUUUCGACCGGGUAUUGGGGCAGAUGGCUCUGAGACCUACACCCCCCGGACCGUAAUCUAUGAUCUCAAAGGCGGGUUUGGGACUCUUCAAAAAUAUAAUGCGCUUUAUGCAAUGAGCGAAGACCCACCGGCUGGUCAAGGCUUAUGGGAUGGUCAAGAGGUUGUGCAAAAGCAGACCCCAAUCCCGCCAAGUGACUACCAGAAGAGCUUGGAUGAAGGAACUCAAGCUCCUCGACUCACCUCAGGAACCGUGAGAUACUGGUCCGACUACAACCGGGUCUUUUAUCAUCCACGGUCCAUUGUACAGCUGAAUGAGUAUGAGUUGAACUCUCAGAUCAUGCCAUUCGAGGACUGGAAUAUCGGCGAAGAGCUUUUUAAUGACCUCGAUAAAGAGCAUGACCUCUUAGACCGCGAUCUCCGACCAUUUGCCGAAGAGUGUGACCAGCUCCGGGCGGUGCAGUUAUUUACGGGGUCCGAUGACGCCUGGGGCGGGUUUGCCUCCCAGUACAUCGACAGAUUGAGAGACGAGUAUGGAAAGAAAAGUGUUUGGGUCUGGGCAAUCGAAGAUGGCACAAAAGUGCAGCGGCAUCACCAGUUCAAAAAAGAUACCAACAAGGCCCGUUCGCUUUAUUCGAUCUCGCCACAGUCGACGCUUUACGUACCAACCAUCGACAUUCCUCAGAAACUACCCAGCUAUCUCAAUGUUGAUCGCCAAUCAGAAUGGCAAACCACGGCUUUGAUCAGCUCGGCUCUUGAGACAGUAACAUUACCCUCACGCCUACGGCCGUAUCAUGAUUUCGAGGCCUCGCUCGCCGGAGAUGACGGGACACACAACAUCUUCGAAUUACAGUCUACCAUCAAUCAAGAUUUUCUUGGCCGCAAGAAACAACCUUCCGAGAACGAAAGCUCCUCGAAAACCGAGACUAACUUCGAUAUUGAUUUCACCUAUAACGAGGACGAAAUCAAGCCUGCACACAUCUUCAAUCAAGUGCAGGUCACGCGUGGAAAUGAACCCGGGCAAGAUGCGGCAUCGACGGACGACGGUGACACUGGGCGCCUUCGUAAGCUCCGAUUAUACAACUCGGAGCCCAUGCUUCAAAGCUACCACACGCCACUUCGUCUUCCGAUCCUCGAUAGCUUCCCGCAUCACAUGUUCCCUUCCCCUAAGUCCGAAGCUGGCCUUAAUGUGUUUUCCGCGUUGACUGCCUCGACUCGAACAGCGGAGAGAAUCAAGGCAAUCCAGUCGACCGCGGCUCGCAUGGUAUCGAUCGAUGAGCGGGAAGCAAUGGUUAAUGGACUGGGAGAAAUCCGUGAGUCUUACGAGACUGGGUGGAGCAGCGGCUCCGAUGAAGAAGAUGAUUAG